CAAAACCAUUCUACUGGUAUACAGUCGACGAGCUGGAGAAAAAUAUUGAAAUAAAUAGAAUAACGCCCUCAUUCAUAUCGCACCCCGCAUUUUAAAGCCCCCCCCGAUAAGCUGCUAACUAUCCUACAUAGCGGUGGCUGGGACCCUUCUGUCUCGCACCCCUUUUGUCCUAAACUUUUCUAUUAGGUUCCCGCUGCCAACUUGCAGCAACCGCCCAACUGGCGUCCAUCGUAUACCUUCAACGGGCGGCCCCUCCUCGCCAUCUCAUCCCUACCCCGCCAUACACAUAUCGACAUCACCGAGAGAGCUAUUCCAGUCGUUUUACAUCCCAAGUCACCGUCGAGGAAGACGGCUAUUGCGUGCAUUACGAGAUGGCUUACGAGAACGAUGGGACCGUGGGGCCUUACCGUGCUCCCCCUAUGAGUAUCAAGGAGAUUGCCGACAAGGCAGUUGACUUUGAUUAUAAUCCACUUAUACCCCUCAGGUACUGGUUACGAACUGCGGAUACGCUUUUGAAGGAGGCUACUAUCUAUCAAGCUGAAGGAAAUGAGCAACAGGCUUACUUGUUACUUGUUCGGCAGGCAGAGCUUGUGUUUCGCCAUUUGGAAGAUCACCCGGAGGCCAAGAAACAGGAAAAUCUACGGAAUCUACGUACGGUUCGUACGAGAUCUACUGAGGCUCUGAAGAGGUUGGAAUACAUGAAGCCGCGUAUCACCGCCCGCUAUGAGAAUUACAAGCUUGCGACCCAAAGGGCUUGUGAUGACAACCACCGAGAGCACCGCACCUCUACUUCUGUCCUCCCCACUGGCCGCAGCUCUCGUUCUUCGUCUUCUAUACCAUACGCUGGCGCUGCGGCUCUUUCAUUUUCACAAAAGCAAGCACUCAAAGCAUCUAUUCCCAAACCCUUAGAUUUAUCCCGCGGUGGUCGUCGUGGAAGUACAUCUAGUGUUACCGGUCCCUUUUCGCCACCCUUAGAGAAAUUACUGAGCUCUGGUGGGCUAGCGCCAACUAUGGCUGAUAGUGCACAACUAGCCAUGGAGAUUGCAAAACAGGAGUUUGAAAAACGAGAACGUGAAAAGCGAGCUAGAAGACGGCAGUUGGCAAUCGAACAGGGUAGAGGCAAUGUGAUUGUGGACUCUAGAGGUCAGGAAAUAAAGCGGAUAUCGACACCGGCCUCCGCUGCUGUAGAGCAGAGUUAUAGGAAUUUACUCUCGCAAUAUCAACCAGAAGGUCAAGGCCGCGAUAGCGGGUAUGGGUUCGCAAGUGAGCACCCAGGGUAUACUGGGUAUUACCAAGAGACACCCCAGGAGAGUGAAAGGCGGUUAUACCAGCAGGCGCAUGAUGAGGAAGAACGCAGGAGAAGAGUGGUGGAGCAACAAGAGGAGGAGUGGGAUUUAGCAAGAAGCAUAGAGGCGUUGCAUAUGAAGGCCGAUCUCACCGAACGUCAAAUGCAGCCGCCUUCUGCAGGAAACAGUUACCGGUUCUCUACUAGUAGCACGCUUUCUGGAUGGGAGGAACCGGCUCAGGAGAGGGAGAGGGAAAAUUAUGUUGGGAGGUGGCAGGGAAAUUACCCUACAGUACCAAAAAGAAGCUCUCUGACAAAAAUGGAACCGCCUCCAAUUCCCGGCCCGGCCGCAGAUUUCGUUGAAAUCCGAAGUGUCACGCCUACUCCACCUCCGAAGGCACCUUUAUACGGCUACGAUGGCUCGUCAAAUUCCACUGCCCCUGCUGUUCCAUACAAGAAACCACUUCCCUACGCCCAUAGUCAUGCUCCUUCGCCACCACCACCAUUACCAAAAUUCCCGUCCUCAUCCACCUCCACAACACCGACUGCUACAAAGCAUGUUCCCGCUACUCCUGAGGGCUUUCAAUUCAGCACACCAGCAACUCUUGAGAAUGGCACUCCCCUCCGCACCAUUUUCCUUCCCGCUACCCUCCGUCAACAAUUCCUCCUAAUGGCUGAGCCGAACACAAAUCGCAACUUGGAAACCUGUGGCAUCCUUUGUGGAACCUUAGUGCGAAACGCACUCUUCGUCUCCCGCUUGGUCAUACCUGAGCAGGAAGCCACAAGCGAUACCUGCUCGACAAAAGACGAAGAAGGCCUGUUUGAGUACGUCGAUAGAGAGGAGCUAAUGGUCCUUGGUUGGAUUCAUACCCAUCCUACACAGACUUGCUUCAUGAGCAGCGUGGACCUGCACACCCAUUGCUCGUAUCAACUGAUGUUGACUGAGAGUAUCGCGAUUGUGUGUGCGCCGAGACACCAGCCUUCUUGGGGCGUCUUCCGCCUCACCAACCCACCAGGCGUUGAAACAAUCAGGGCCUGCCGCCAAGACAGCUUGUUUCACCCACACGGCGAGUCGAACGUUUACACUGACGCUAUGCGGCCAGGACAUGUAUGCGAAGUCAGAGAGAUGGGAUUCGACUUGGUGGAUUUGAGAAAGGGUGGAGAUUAGAUGUGUGGUCGACACUGUUUAUGGUGAUUUGCCUGAAGAGCUUCUGACGCUUCUGUAUUUCCUAUUUUAUUUUUUUCUCUCAAACUUUCCUGACCAUACUCCUUCACUCGAGUUGCUCAAUUACCUUGUCUCGCCCACUUACCCUGUGCUCCAUUUUU